AAACGGUUAAGGCAACAAUCAUCAAUCUCUGAGCGGAAACGGAAAAUGCGAACAUAGACAACGACAACUAAAACUACAACUAAGAGUGUUACAGUUACUGCCAAAAGUCAUGUCUGCUUGUUACAACAGCGUUUACAAUCCAUCGCAGUCCUUUGAGUUCGACGAGGAUGACGACGACGACGCGUCCUUCGACAGCGGCUACGAGAAGAGCUUCGAAACCGAUCUCAAUGCCAGCUCACGGCGUCGCCUGGACUUUGAGGACCAUUACAACACCACGGCAAAUGCCAGCGGUACUCCGCCCGUUCCAGCUCAUGCGUCUGCUUUGGGCUACAACGGCGGCUGGGAUGUGGCCUCGGCCAACUCACCACCCGCUGGCUUUGUAGGGCUACUAGACACCAGCAGCAAUCACAGCUCACGCAGUGGACGCACUUUGGUGGAGCAUCUCAACAGUCGUGCAGCGAGCAGCAAUAACUUUGAGCCACAGCUAACGAGCACGCCGAUGAAAUCUCCCGAAGAUCCGAAUGCGCCGCGUCCCAAGCGCAAAUAUGCCGUCGGCAAGAAUCGUGUGACGCGUUCGCGAAGUCCGUUGCAAGUGGUGCGCAUCAAGAAGUUCCGGCGCAUGAAGGCCAACGAUCGGGAGCGCAAUCGGAUGCAUACACUUAACGAUGCUCUGGAACGUUUGCGGGUCACGCUGCCCUCGCUACCCGAGGAGACGAAGCUAACGAAGAUCGAGAUACUGCGCUUCGCACACAACUACAUCUUUGCGCUGGAGCAGGUGCUCGAGAGCGGUGGCACCAUCAAUCUGGAUCUGGAGAAGCUGCAGAACUUUACGCUGAGCGGCGAACGCAUCACCAAAGAACUGUUCGAUGCGCUCUUUGUGAAUCCACAGCCACUUCCCAUGUUUGCCGGCGGUCGCAUCUUUCCCUAUGGAUCGCAUCAACAGACGACGCCGAUGCAUUAUCAUCAACCCAAUCCGACUGUGGAUUAUGCGUCAACUGCGCAGCCAGCUGGCUUCGAUUUCGGCAGCAGCAUGCGUUUCUAUCAGCAACAGGAACAAGCUUCAACGGCAGCUUCAGAACACUUUUCCCAGGAGAAAUACGAUCUGUUUCGCAGCAACUUUGAGGCAGCUGCCAAUGGCACAACGUUGCCGGUAGUCGAGACACCUGGACUGCAUCAGCAGAGCAGUUUCUACACCCAAACGCCGCCCUGGAAGGAGUUUCAUGAGGAGCCCCAGCAACCGUUGCAACAUCAGCAACAUCCUCAACAUCAUCAGCAGUUUAGCUAUAAACAGUUUGCGCAUCAGGUAUAGCAUAGUUUUGGGCGCAUCUUUGGUGUCAAUCUUCUCUGGGUGAUAUGUUCGACACUGUGUAGCUAGCCACGGCAUUUUAAUCUGGCCAACAAUCCGAACUACGCUAGCAACUGUUUUUUGGUUUAAUAAAAAACUUUUGCUCAGCGCAGCUGUGAGGUUCGUGGGUCAGGUUUUAGUGCCGUCGCAGCGCGCAAUCAGUUGAUAUUUUGCAAUAAGUGAACUUUAGGCGUAAAUGGAUUCCCUAAGCCCUGCUAAGCAGCUGGACUUAGUAAUCAAUUUGCUGCAAAUUCAUUUAGUUAGCUACACAAACGAUAAACCAAUCGAAGCAAUUGCUGCUGUAUUGAUUUCUCGUUUGUGUAACUCGUUGAGUUGACUGUGGCAACUUAAAGUGCAUUUUAUUCCCGAAUAAUUAUGCAUACUAAGUUCCCAAAGUCGAUUCUAUUUGCUUUAUAAUAACAUCGGUUGUCCAUGUAAAUUUAGUAAGAGCAUCCCAUGUACCUAACUAGUAAGCCAUAUACACAAACUUUACAAUCUAAGCAAAGAAAAAGUCAACAACUAUUACUUUAUAUCCUUAAGAAGUUUUAAGCAUUAGCUGCAAUUUAAGUUCUGAAUUGGGUUUAUAGAAUAGUUUUGUAUUUUAUCAUUGCAAUGCGAUACAUGAAAAGAGGGCUAGUCAUUUUAUAGUCAGGCUUACGUGAUAAGUUAAAUUAUUGUAAAAACAAUUUACCAUUUAUUUUUGCCAAUAAAGUUG